AUGGCUAAGGCCUAUGACCGGGUAUCCUGGUUUUUCCUUGUCUCUGUGAUGCGUAAGAUGGGAUUUUCGGAAGUCUGGAUUGACUUAGUCUAUCGUGUUGUUUCAAAUGUGUGGUACUCUGUCAUAGUCAAUGGGGUCAAAGAGGGUUUCUUUACCUCGUCCCGUGGAUUGAGGCAAGGAGACCCACUCUCCCCUAGUCUUUUUAUAAUCGCUGCAGAGGUCCUCUCUACGUUCAUCGCUUGCGUCCAUCAGGAUGAGGCUGUCCCUAGAUUUUCCCAGCCUGCUGGUACUCCUCAUAUUCAUCACUUAGCUUAUGCUGACGACGUUAUUAUUUUUAGUACUGGGAGACAUGGGGCAAUCUGCAAAGUCAUUCGUGCUUUAAAAGAUUAUGAAGGGAUUUCUGGCCAAAUGGUCAGUUUUCCUAAGAGUGCUUUUUAUAUGCAUCUUGACACCUCGGGUCGGGUAAUUCGUAGGAUUGGGGACAUCACUAGAUGCAUUCAUAGAUCCUUCCCUUUCACCUAUCUUGGGUGCCCUAUGUAUGUAGGGAGGAAGAAGUGCGUUUAUUUUUCAUCUGUGGUGGACAAGCUUGUGCCCCUCCUAAGUAGGUUAUUCGGGACCUGGAGAGGUGUUUUGCCGCCUUUUUCUGGAGGCAGUCGGGAGGUGCACGCUACAAUUGGGCUUCAUGGAAAACGCUCUCCCUACCUAAAAAAAAAGGGUGGAGAGGGAUUCCUUGACCUUGACUUGAUGAUGCGGGCAUCUAGUGCGAAGCUUUGGUGGAAUUUCCGCAAGGUGUAUUCCCUGUGGGGAAGUUUCAUGACUGCUAAGUACUGCAGUCGAGUUCACCCGGUGGCGAAACGAGUGCGAACCUCCGAUUCACACACUUGGAAGCGAAUGCUUAUCGUCAAGAAUGAGGUAGAAGUAGUCUUAGGAUGGCGCCUGACUCACGGGGAUGUUAAUCUCUGGUGGGAUAAUUGGUCCAGCAUCGGCACACUAGGGCGCCUUUACCCCUUCCCGGGGGUUGAGUACUCUGGUGAUCUAUUGUCUGACUUCAUUCAGGACGGAGAGUUAAACCUAUCGGCGUAUGAUGACCUUCUGCCGCCUAGGUUGGAGGCUGACAUGUCCCGUCUGGGUCAAAGAGUGUCAUUUCUUGCUUGGCGUGUGUUAAGGGGCCGCUUGCCCACUGAUGAUGCCAUGGCUAGAUUUGGGCGCCUUAUUGUUUCCAGAUGCUGGUGCUGCAAUAACCCUGUUAGGGAAACUAUUGAUCACAUCUUUUAUGCGGGGGAGACUGCUAGGGCUGUUGCCUUAUCUUAUCCUUUGGGAGUUAUGGAAGCACAGGAACACAUGCUUACAUGGCAGAGGGCCGCCGAGUGUACCUAG